CCUUGACAGUAAUUAUCACGCGAAAGUUUUAAAUUUUCAAGAUCCAAAAGAAAUACUUAAAAAAAUUAUCAGAAAUUAGAAGAUGUGAAACUAACUUAAAUUUUCAUACAGUGCGUAAACAAUUGUAUAACAUGAAAUAUAUUUUUGAAAAAACCACGGCGGGAGAUAGAAAAAUUCGAAGACACGAUCAGAAAUUAUAAAAACUCUCAAAAUUCGGUUCCUUUCUCUGAAGAUGAGAAAAGAGAUGCGUUCUUUAAUGCCAUAAUGGUGUCAGUACCUUCUGUACAAACAAUAGAAUUUGUCUCUCGAAACACUAAAAACAAAGGUAUCACUUAUGAAGAAUUAAAACUUUUACUUAUGCAGGAUGAGGCGACACGGUGUGAAAAAGAAGAGGAAAAAGAAAUACGAGCAGUAAAUAUGGUAACAGGCGAGGUCAACAAGAGAUGCUACGAAUGUCAGGACUACGGUCAUAUAGGUGCGUACUGUCCCAAGAAAGGAAAGGGAAAGAUGUGUUACCGAUGUAACAAAUUCGGAAAUCAUAUUGCCAAUAAUUGUCCAACAACGAACAAUCAACCUGAACAUUCAUACAGAGGAAGAGGCUAUGGAAGAGGAGAUCCAAGAGAAACAAACGAAGAAAUAAUUGAAAAAUCACCUGAAGAAAAUUUAAACAAUUCUGUAACUAAAGACGAGGAAAAUAAAACUAACAAAGCUCCAUAUGAACAGUCAAAUUUUGAUGUUACCAUUUGGGAUAGAAAACUUCACGAUAUUGACGAAUUAUCUAUCAUUGAAUUACCUGAAGAGGAGAGUCUUUUAUUAAAUAAUAAAAAUGAAUAAAAUAAUAAAGCACUUAUAUGGCACAGUCGAUUUGGCCAUGCGUCAAUUGAAUACUUAAAAUCAUUACAAAAGAAAUUCCCAGAAAAUAAAGAAUUAAAUUCAGUAGUUUUUGAUAAGAAAAUAACAAAAUGUGAGGUGUGUUUAAUUGCAAAAAUGAACAAAUUACCAUUUUUAUCAACGCAAAAUCGAGCAACUGCUCCUCUUCAAAUCAUUCAUUCAGACAUAAUGGGUCCUAUCUCACCGGCAACAUUUCCAAAAGGAUAUCGAUUUAUAUCGGUAUUUAUUUAUUUAUUUAUUUAUUUAUUUAUUUUUGCGAUUAACAAUUACAUAUCCCAUAAAAACGAAGAGUGAAACAGGUCAAUGUUUAAAAUAUUUUGUAAGAAGCGCGCGAAAUUUAUAAAGGCGAGAUGCAAAGGUGUGUUAUUUAAGAACUGACCAAGGCACAGAGUAUACAGGAGGAUAUACCUUAGAAAUUCUACGUGAAUUAGGUGCGGAAUUACAAAUAGCAUGUCCUGAUACACCAGAACCUAACGGUGUAUAAGAAAGAUUCAAUCAGACCAUACAAAAGAAGGUGCGUUGUUAUAUGUAUGAUUCAAGAUUACCGGAAAAUCUAUGGGAUUUAGCCUUAUCUGCUGCCAUUUAUGCGUAUAAUCGUUCCCCACAUAAAUUAAAUAACAUGAUAAUUCCUCUAGAAAAAUUCAAUCCUAAUCACAAUUUUGAUAUAAGUCAAAUUAAAAGAUUCGAGUGUGUUGCAUAUAUCAAAGUUCAAAGACGAGUAGGACCAAAGUUUCCAGCAGAGGGUAGACGAGUAGUAUUAGUUGGGUAUACACCGACAGGUUAUCAAUUGCUAAAACCAGAAGAUGGGAAAUUUUAUGAUAGUCGACACGUGAGAUUCAAUGAAAAGUUAGUAUAUGGUGAUAAAUAUAAAAAAAAGAUAUUAACAAUAUUCCCUAAAUUGAAAAUGAAAUAGACAAAAGUAAUUGGUUUAAUAAAUUUGAUAAUAAACAAAAUGAAAGACGAGAAUUAACAAAAACGGAGAGAGAGAUUAAACGUAAAAGAAGAAGACCAACAAAAAAUAAACCACAAAUCAAUGAACAAAUAAAAGUAAACACGAAUAUUAACAUUAUCGAAAAGGAGUCUUCACCCAUAAUUAAAGAAAAUGAAAUCGAAUUAAAUGAAGAAACGUGCAAUACCCUUUUAGCGAUAAUUAAUUCAGACCCAAUAAAUUUUGAAGAAGCGAUGAAUUUACCAGACAAAAACAAUUGGCAAAAAGCUAUUGAUGAGGAAUUAAUGUCAUUAAAAAAUAUGAAAGUCUGGAAAAUAAUAACAAAACCAAGCAAAACUAGAGACGGUAAAAAGAUUACAGUAAUUGAUUCAAAAUGGUUAUUUGAAAGAAAAAUCGAUAUUAAUGGAUGCGAUAAAUUUAAGGCGAGAUUAGUUAUAAGAGGCUUUAAAGACAAAAACAAGUAUAAAUUAAGUGAUACUUACGCACCAGUAUCAAGAUUACCGUUAGUUCGAGCCGUAUUAGCAAUAAUCAAUAAAUCAAUAAAUAUAAUCUAAAGGCAUGUCAAUUUGACGUGAAAACCGCCUUCUUGAAUGGUGAGGUUGAAGAAGAGAUAUAUAUGGAAAUACCACGAGGAACUAACAGAACACAGCAAAGAGGAACGAAAAGAAAAGGUGUGCAAAUUAGAACGAGCAAUUUAUAGAUUACGUAUAAGUUCAAAAAGGUGGAAUGACAAAUUCACUAAAGCAGCAUUAAGCGUAGGAUUAGAAAAUUCAGACAUAUAACCAUGUUUAUUUUUAUGGAAA